AUGUGCUGCAAAAAGGAAGCCGGGCUGCGUCAGCCGUGCAUCUCGGCGCAGCCUUCGGCCCAGUCUCGCCAUGGGCCUUGCCUUCAGAGACGAAUCCUCAUGAUGGGUUUGGAGGGCGCAGGGAAGACGUCACUCCUCUAUCAGCUGAAGCUCGAUGAGAACGUGAGAGCGAUCCCAGUUUUGGGCUUUAACGUGGAGGCGGUGGAGUAUAAGAACCUGAGCCUCAGCGUGAUUGACUUGGAACACCACCAGUUCAAAGAUGAAAUGCAAGAUGUCCCCCUGCUGGUCUACGACUUGCCUGGAGCAAUGAGGGCGCCAGAGGUGACUGACAAACUAGGACUUCUCAGCUUGCGUCGUCGCCAGUGGUUCAUUACAGCUACUGCCACCAAUACAGAGGGCGGCCUGUAUGAAGGCUUGGAUUGA